AUGGACACAGAUGGAUGUAUGUGUCCAGCGCAGUCUGGAGGAGAGUCUGGCCACCGAGGCCUACGAGAGGAGGAUACGACGCCUGGAGCAGGAGAAGACUGAGCUCAGCCGCAAGCUGCAAGAGUCCACCCAGACAGUCCAGGCCCUGCAGCACGCGUCAGGAGAAGGACCAGCACCCGUCCCCUCUAACAAGGAGGUGGAGAUCAGGAGUCUGAAGACUGAGAUUUUUGCUUUGUCAUUGUGGGGUAUUGUGUGUAGAUUGAGAGAACAAUUUAAUCCAUUUUAGAACAAGGCUGUAAUAUAACAAAAUGUGGAAAAGGUCAAGGGGUCUGAAUACUUUCCGAAUGAACUGUACAACCCCAGGUCUGUUCAUACUUCAGCCCAUCCUGACUCCAAACCACACCGUUCUACCUUCAUAACUCUCCCUUCCCAUCACCUUUCAACUAUGCCAUCUAGUUCACCCAGCCAUAUUUGUUGAACAAAUGCCUUGUGGGCACAUUAAACCAUUAAAUGUUGGCUAGAACUGUACUGCUUUCUACUGCAACAGGAUAAACAUGCAUGGGCCACAUACCAUUUUUAUUUAUUUUUACAUUUCUUUGUCAGGGGCCAUGUACAC